AGUGCUGCUGCGGCUCAGGAGACAAGCAAGCCGCGCCAUAGCAGUGACGGGCUUCGGAAGGUUGCCUGACUCAUUUGCUCGCCCUCACCCAGGGAGUUCAUGACUCUGUAGUUGCGUUGCUUCGACAGCUGCUUGCGGAUUCGCUGCAGUUCUGCAUCUGGCAUCCUGAGCAUCGAUGCCGAAUGAAGCGAGUUUAGCACAUCUUGCACAAGGAGCUGACGAAGAAGCUGUCACACAAGCGCUUGCCCCAGGUAAGACGAGCCAGUUCGGCCGUCAUCUGCAGGGUGCUCUCCGCUGGCUGGGAUGCCCUCUCGGCUACGACUUGGCUCUUGGACAUCGAGGAUACAUGGCAGAUGCUUGGCAGUACCAGGCGACGAUGCAACUGGGGCGUCUCCAGCGACACGGAGAGCAUAGUUCCUGGGUCUUACACGCGUGGGUGAUGCCAGGCGCAUCUUGGCCGCGAGUGGGGCAGAACGCCUCGGUUUCGACGUCUUGCUCCUUGGUCCGCGCUGAGGGCUCUCUGAGGAGACCCUGCCGCAUGGGGUCUGGCAGCACUCGUGCAGCGUGGGGCGCGAAGGCCACACCGGCACCCGGGGCCUCCUCGAGAAGAAGGCGGAGGGCAAUGGUGGCACUGAUACUGCGGCUUAGCCUCUGGCUGCAAGGAGUGCCGCGUGACAGUUGGACGGGGCACGCGAACCCCGGGGAUGUCCAUGAUUUCGGGUACGACGUGGGCGACUGGACCGAGGCCGUGGCAAGCGCGAAAGGCGCGGACGGCUUCCUGGACUUAGUCGGCGACGGCUCGAGCGGCGAGUUCAGGUCGGACCUGCGCUUGCGGCAAUACGGAUUUGGCGCGGCGGCCAUGCAGGGCUCGCUGCAGGACCUUGGUGCGCUCCGCGUUGCGGCGGGCAUCGUCGCCAGCCUGCCAGGCUCGCCACAGACGGUCCUGAGGGUGGAGCUCAUGGCAUUCCUCUUCGCCCCGCGCCACGCCAGCGGCACCCUCGGAUACCAUGCCGAAAACAUGCCGCAAGUGGCUUUUGCGCCAUCAUGUCGCGCCGAGGGGAGAGAAUGCAGACUUGCGGUGGGCUACCAUAGUGCAUUGCCGUAGCCAGGUGGCAGGUGCACUGUGUGUGUGUAUGUGUGG